CGCAUUAGAUGUGGUAGCUCGUUUGGUUAAAACUGGUGAGGAGAUCAUUGCUGGCGACGAUUUAUACGGUGGCACAAAUCGCCUUCUUGCGUUUCUUAAUAAAAGUUUCGACAUCAAAUCGCAUCAUGUUGAUACAACAAAUCCGGAUUCACUUUUACCAUAUCUACAUCCCACAAGGACUCGUCUUAUUCUUUUAGAAUCACCUACAAAUCCAUUGAUCAAAAUUUCCGACAUUCCAAAAAUUGCAUCGAUCGUACACGAACGAUGUCCAAAUGCCUUGAUAGUAGUUGAUAAUACCAUGAUGUCUCCUUAUCUUCAAAGACCAUUGGAAUUUGGAGCUGAUAUCGUGAUACAUUCUGGAACAAAAUACCUCAGUGGACACCAUGAUUUAAUGGCUGGUAUUAUUGGCGUUAAAGACGAAGUUGUUGCUGAG